AUGUUCUGGGGAUCCUUACCAAUCUACGAUCCUAAGAACUCUAGUGGAUUCAUCCUAACAAAAUCUCGCACUGUGGCUGUAGCUGACCCUACAUUAGUACCUGCUAGAACUAAUUUUGAGAAUAAGGGCCCUGAGAUGCUAAAUGAUGUUGAUGCUCUAGCUGAUAGAAAGAAUAGUAGAGGGACUUAUGUAGAGAUCGAAAAGAAACGUGCUAUGGAUGUUUCAGGCAGAGAGUUAUUCUCUAAUAAGAAACAAGUCCUGCAGUAUAAAUCUCUUAUAGGAGUUAUUGAAGGGAAAGGUUGUCUAUGUAGCUACGAUAACUACAAGUUAUCUGAGAAGAUGAAGUAUCUAAGUGCUUCAGAAUUUGAGAGGCACGCUGGUUGCAAGGGCGGUCAUGCUAACAGUCAUAUUUACUUUGAUAGCGGGAAGACAAUUCAUGUUGUUGCCCAAAAUUUGAAGAAGACCCCUCCAGAAAUGCUCUUUGAAAGUACUUACAAAGUGCUAAAGAAUAUCAUCUUGCAAAAAAUGAAGCGGCAAAACCAUUGUGAUCUGCUUAUUGAUCAAGGAAGGGGUAGCUCAACGAUUAGUCAGUGA